AUAUAAUACCGCUACUUUAAAAACUGAACCAUCGUAAGACAUACAUCACAACAUCACAUCCAAGAACGUUUUUCAUUGAAAUAAAAGAUAUGGCUAACAGCAACGUGAUAACCACCAGGUCCUUAGGGACGGCAUCGGAGGGUAUAAAGGAUCAGUACGCGGACGGGAAAGCGGCCAAAGUAUGGGAGAUAUUUAUUGGUGACAAAAAGUCUAGGACGAAGAAUUACAAGAACUUCUUGGUCGGGUUGUUGAAGAGCAAGGGAUGCAAAAGGAUCUUGGACGUCGCCUGCGGCACGGGAAUUGACUCUAUCAUGCUACUAGAGGAAGGUUUUGAGGUGGUAUCUGUAGAUGCCUCGGAUAAGAUGCUGAAGUAUGCGCUGAAAUCGAGAUGGAACAGAAGAAAGGAAGCAGCUUUUGAUAAUUGGAUUAUCGAAGAAGCAAACUGGCUAACGCUUUACGACGAUAUAGAAGACAUUGUCGGUAAUGGAUUCGAUGCCGUCAUUUGCCUCGGUAAUUCUUUCGCACAUAUGUUAGACAACUAUGGCGACCAGAGGGAACAAAAACAGGCUUUAAGGAACUUUGAGAAGUGCGUAAAACCGGGAGGACUUUUGUUAAUUGACCACAGAAACUACGAUAAUAUCAUUGAUUCGGGAAGCACGGCGUCGAAAUGCAUUUAUUAUAAUAGCAAGCACACGACAGACAUUAAAACCUCAGUAUUAUUUGUCGGCGGGCAGCCAGCUCUCGUCACUCUAGACUAUCUCAUCGAUACAUCGGCGCAAGACGACGAUGAAAAGACUGAUAUAAUUAGUGGCGAAGAUACCAUAAGCGAAUUUCGGUUAUCGUACUACCCCCACCGAUUGAAGGUUUUCAACAGGAUGCUGAGGGACGCCUUUGGCGAAAAUUCUGAAUACAAGAUAUACGGCGACUUCAAGAGCCUGGACGAGAUCGAAACGCCCAAUUUCUACAUUCACCUUGUAGAGAAAUCGAGUACCUUCUUCUAAUUGUUAAUAAUUUAUUUCCGUAUUUAUAAGAAUCACAAACUUUUAAUUUUAUUAAUACAUGUAUCUGUUGUU